CUGGGGCGAAAUCAUGGCUGGGGUGGGAAGAAACAUGAAGAUGGAAAAGGAAAUACGGACACAAGGAAAAUGCUGCAACAAUAAGUCCUCUGACUUCACUGCAGACGACUGGUUUCUCCUUCACCCUUCAGCUUAAACUGGGCUACUGUGGCAAUUCUGACGCAGCACUACGGCUUUAGACAUUUACCUUGAUUCGUGAUUUCACCAAUCGAAUGCAGUAGACUGACCUGCCUCAAAUUAGGUAAUAACGAGAAAUGGAACUAGAAAAGCAUGAAACUGCCCCAAUGCUGCAGUGAAGCUGUGACAGGUCGACGCCUCCCACUCAGAAUGCCCAAGAUGGCCGAGCGAGAACCCAGGAGGCCGCAGAACUCCAACUCCCCUCGCCCUGGGCCUGCCCAAGGGAAGUCAGGAGCCACGCCACGCCCCUUACGUCAUCGACAGCCGUAUCCCCGCUCGCCUGCAAACGUGCCGCAGGGCGCAGACCCCGCCCUCAGCCCCGCCUUCCGAAAAACGGGGCGGCCAAGUGCAGCACGUGAAGCAUGCCGGGACCAGCUUUCGAGCCUCCCAGCAGCCACCGCGACGGGCGCGGUGCGGUGCGUAAGUAGCUAGCCGGCGGUGGCCGUUCUCCGUAAGAUGGCGGACCGGCGGCGGCAGCGCGCUUCGCAGGACACAGAGGACGAAGAAUCGGGUGCUUCGGGCUCAGACAGCGGCGGCUCCUUGGCGCGGGGCGGCGGGAGCUGCAGCGGUAGUGCUGGAGGCGGCGGCGGCGGCUCUUUGCUUUCACAGCGCGGAGGCCGAGGCGGGGCCCUUCAUCUGCGGCGGGCGGAGAGCGGGGGCGCCAAGAGCGCCGAUGAGGAGUCGGAGUGUGAGAGUGAAGAUGGCAUUGAGGGCGAUGCUGUUCUCUCGGAUUAUGAAAGUGCAGAAGACUCAGAAGGUGAAGAAGAGGAAUACAGUGAAGAGGAAAACUCCAAAGUGGAGCUGAAAUCAGAAGCUAAUGAUGCAGUUAAUUCUUCAGCAAAAGAAGAGAAGGGAGAAGAAAAACCUGAUAGCAAAGGCACUGUGACUGGAGAGAGGCAAAGUGGGGAUGGACAGGAGAGCACAGAGCCUGUGGAGAACAAAGUGGGUAAAAAGGGGCCUAAGCAUUUGGAUGAUGACGAGGAUCGGAAGAAUCCAGCCUACAUACCCCGGAAAGGGCUCUUCUUUGAGCAUGAUCUUCGAGGGCAAACUCAGGAUGAGGAAGUCAGACCCAAAGGGCGUCAACGAAAACUAUGGAAGGAUGAGGGCCGCUGGGAACAUGACAAGUUCCGGGAAGAUGAGCAGGCCCCAAAGUCCCGACAGGAACUCAUUGCUCUUUAUGGCUAUGAUAUCCGCUCAGCUCACAGUCCUGAUGACAUCAGACCCCGAAGAAUCCGGAAACCCCGAUUUGGGAGUCCUCCACAAAGAGAUCCAAACUGGAAUGGUGAGCGGCUAAACAAGUCCCAUCGCCACCAGGGUCCUGGGGGCAGCCUACCACCAAGGACAUUUAUUAACAGGAAUGCUGCAGGUACUGGCCGCAUGUCUGCACCCAGGAAUUACUCUCGAUCUGGGGGCUUCAAGGAAGGUCGUGCUGGUUUUAGGCCUAUGGAGGCUGGUGGGCAGCAUGGUGGCCGGUCUGGUGAAACUGUUAAGCAUGAAACCAGUUACCGGUCACGGCGCCUGGAACAGACUCCUAUGAGGGACCCAUCUCCAGAAGCAGAUGCUCCGGUGCUUGGCAGUCCUGAGAAGGAAGAGGCAGUCUCAGAGACACCUGCUGCUGCUCCUGACAUUGCACCACCAGCCCCUGACAGGCCCAUUGAGAAGAAAUCCUAUUCCCGGGCAAGAAGAACCCGAACCAAAGUUGGAGAUGCAGUCAAGGUUGCAGAGGAGAUGCCCCCUCCACCUGAAGGGCUUAUCCCAGCACCUCAAGUCCCAGAAACUGCCCCUGCUCCACCUAAGACUGGGAACUGGGAGGCUCCUGUGGAUUCUACUACAGGUGGACUGGAGCAAGACAUGGCACAAUUAAAUAUAGCAGAACAGAAUUGGAGUCCAGGGCAGCCUCCUUUCCUGCAACCACGAGAACUUCGAGGUAUGCCUAACCAUAUACACAUGGGAGCAGGACCACCACCUCAUUUUAACCGGAUGGAAGAAAUGGGUGUCCAAGGUGGUCGAGCCAAACGCUAUUCGUCUCAGCGGCAAAGACCUGUGCCCGAGCCCCCUGCCCCUCCUGUGCAUAUCAGUAUCAUGGAAGGACAUUACUAUGAUCCACUGCAGUUCCAGGGACCAAUCUAUACCCAUGGUGACAGCCCUGCCCCACUGCCUCCACAGGGCAUGAUUGUGCAGCCAGAAAUGCACCUUCCCCACCCAGGUUUACAUCCCCACCAGACACCGGCGCCUCUGCCCAAUCCAGGCCUCUAUCCCCCACCAGUGUCCAUGAAUCCAGGACAACCACCACCUCAGCAAUUGCUUGCUCCUACUUACUUUUCUGCUCCAGGCGUCAUGAACUUUGGUAAUCCCAGUUAUCCUUAUGCUCCAGGAGCACUGCCUCCCCCUCCACCUCCUCAUCUGUAUCCUAAUGCACAGGCUCCAUCACAGGUAUAUGGAGGCGUGACAUACUAUAACCCCGCCCAGCAGCAGGUGCAGCCAAAGCCCUCCCCACCCCGGAGGACUCCCCAGCCAGUCACCAUCAAGCCCCCUCCACCUGAGGUUGUAAGCAGGGGUUCCAGUUAAUAUGAGUUUCUGAAUAUUUUAAUCUAACAUCAUAUAAAAAACAGCAGAGGUGAGAACUCAGGAGAGAAGAGAAAUACAACUGGCUAUCUACUACCAGGAGGGCUUCAAAGAUAGAGGUUGGCUCCUACCAGCAAACAGCUGAAAGAGGAGGACCCCUGCCUUCCUCUGAGGACAGGCUUUGUUGGAGAGAGGAGAAACAAGUGGACUUCUUCCCAUCUCCACCCUUCAGUUGAGUUGGCUGUGUUCAGGGGAGCAGAGAUCCAGACAGCCCAGCUUCUGAGUCUAGAUCCAGAAGCCCGUGUCUUUUGCUCUUCUUCGCUUUCUCCUGGGAAAUUCAAGUGUCUUCUGUUCCCAGGGAAGUUCCUUCCUGUUUGUUUUGUUUUCUAAGAUGUUCAUUUUUAAAGCCUGGCUUGUUAUUCUUAAAUUAAUAUUCUUUUAGUUCUCUCUCUCUGCCUUUAAAUGAAACUUGUUCAUUCUUCUGGUUUGCCGGCUUCUCUGGGUUCCCUUUUGACUCUUCCGUGCAUCCCAAAUAAUGGAGAAUAUAUAAGCCAGCCUUCCUCCACCAAGUCUAAAAAGACCUGGCUUUUCACUUUUGGUUGCCAUUUGUAACUCUCAUAUACUUGGAUUCUCUUAACUCCUCUAACCUUGUGGAAGCAUAGCUGUCUGCACAGAGUUGUGCAGAAAAACUCAGAGUAGAUGGGUAGGAGCCCUUCUUUUUGACUUAGGUUUUUAGGAGUCGGAGCUUCCAUCAUUACCUGUACUCUCUAGUGGGCUUCAGUCCUCUACUGAGGGCAAAGUCUCCACUGUGGGGAGAGAUGGCAGGCCAGUUGCUUUUGUGAGAAAAGGAGGAUGGAGUGAGAACCUUUGCACCUUAGGAGUAUGUAUUCACAUAGUCCCCUCAGGGCUCAGUCUUUGAGGUAAGUGGAAUUAGAGGGCCCUGCUUCUCUUCUUUUCCAUUCCUUUUACCAUACCCCCUUUCCAGUUGCUGUGGACCAAUGCUUCUCUCUAGAGGCAAAUAUUAUCCAGCAAACAAUCUACCCUGUACUUUACAAUUGCUCUUCUCCACAUCUUUCCUGCUACAAGUGUUUUAGAUGUUGCUAUCUUAUGUUCCCUAAAUUUUACUCUUGUCCUUGCAAACAGAAGAUACCACACCUAGGCUUAAGGCCUAAGGAAGCCAGUCACCUUCUGGGCAAAGGCUCCUCUUUUCUUUCCUUCCUAUUCAUGGCACUGAACCACUCACCUGCUGCCUCUGCAGAAGAGAUUCCUGUUACUGCAGCACUUCUGUCUGCCAGGGAUAACUUGGCCACUGUCCCUGUCCUUCUACAGAACCUGAGGGAGAAAGUGGUGGCUGUGUCUCUCCCCAAGUAAUGUCACUGUCUUCUUUUAUUCUUUCUCUCCCACAGGUGACCUAACUACUCUGAGUCACAGGUGUGGGAUGGGGAGUAGGGAGAGGCACUUAAGCUGUAACCCCCAGAAGGAAAUAGCUAAGAGAUUCUUCCAGGGGUAGCUGGUGGUUGUGCCUUUUGUAGGUUGUUCCCUUUGCCUUAAACCUGAAGAUGUCUCCUCAAGCCGGUGGGCAGCAUGCCCAGAGUCCCAGACCUUAAGACACUGUGACAGUUGUCUCUGUUGGUCCGCUGUGUUUAGUUGCAAGGAUUUCUCCAUGUGUUUUGUUUUUGUUACUGUUUUAAAGGGUGCACAUUUGUGAUCAGCAUUGUGACUUGGAGAUAAUAAAAUUUAGACUAUAAACUUGGCUCCUU